UGCAAACAUAAAAUACACUCUACUGGAAAUAAAUAAACAUAUUAGGAAUUUCCAUUCAACAUUUAAUACCGGAUAUUAACAAAGAAUAAAUCAUGGAAUGUACUUCACUUAAAAGUUUACCCAAAUCAUCACAAAAUCUAACACAUAGCAUGGAUGUCAAUGAUACAAUGGGAAGUUUAACCCUACCCGAAAUACAAAAGGAAUUAAAACAAAAUGAAUUUUAUUUACCUAGUCUUACUGGUGAUAUUAUUACAUCAAAUCAUAAUAAUUCAAAAAGGAUAAUAAAUAGUUUAUAUUUAAACAACGACAACAUUGAUACACUUGUACAAGCGGACAAUUCAAAUAAUCGCGGGAUGUUCAAUGAAAACAUACAUUUAAACAAAAGUUUUAACUUCAAUUUAAAUAUUAAUAAUAGAAGUUUUAAUAAUAAUAUUAACACUAUCAAUAUGACUACAAGUACAAAUCAAGCAAAUUCUUUGGAAGAUAAUGACAUUAGUGAUCAAAAUAUAAAAUCAACACAAGAAGUUAGUUCAACUAAAUCAAAAUCAAUGCAAUCAACAAAAGUGAGACCAGGUAGUCCAUAUACUAAGUUUAUUCGUACUGCACCAGCACGUAGUACACCAUGCCCGAAAUCGGAUGCAUUAACUUCAACACGAAUAAGUAGUAAUAAAGAAAAAGGAAAUACGACUGAAUUACCAAAAAGUGUUAUCUACUUAACUCGACCACCUGGAUUAACCUAUCGACUUGAAUUUCAAACAUCUAAUGUCUCCUUUGUUCCACUUUAUGUUCAUCCAAGACCUACACCACCAUUAGAAACUGAAAAGAAAAUACAACUUCGACCAUAUGAAUAUCCAGAAUGGGAUACAUCUGAUGUUGGUAAAUCAUUUGGUCAUGGUUUUUUACGUAGAAAAUAUGCUCUAAGUAUAGAUUCAAUUAAUUUACAGAAGUCAAUUAAACUACCCCUACCAUCAACACAAGUAUAUACAGAUGAUGUGAAAUCGUUGACACGUAAACGUACUGUUAGUGAGUCGAAUAAAUCUGCUCUAACUGGACAUAUCUACUUUAAUUAUCGUGAUAUGAUAAUACGUGUCCCAUGUGAAGCCCUACCUAUAACACAGAUUAAAAUGCCUGUACAUGAAGAUAUUUUAGCAAAAUUAGAAAAAUUACAUAUGCCAACAUCAGAAACACGUAGAAACAAGGGGGUGAUUAUAGCACGGUAUGGAAAUGAUCUGUUACAGUUUAAUUUUAAAAUGGAAGAAUUAAAUUUAAGUCGUUAUGAAGUGAAAGGUACCGCUGCUGUGCAGACAGAAGAUAAAAUGGUGUAUAUACGUGAAAAAUCACAAAUUAGUGGACGAACAAUUUUAAUAGCUGUACCAGAGACAACAUAUUUUUAUAAAAAUCCAAUGGAUAAUAUACACCGGCUACACUUGAACUUUCAAGGAUCAAAUAUUAUGCCACUAUGGAAAUAUCAAAUGAUGAAGUCUCGACUAGCUGAAAGAGAUGGAUUAAAAAUUAUUGAAGCGAAAAUUGAUGACGCCUUUAGACGAACACGAGGAUCCCGGUUAUGCUUUGAUGGAUUGGAUGCAAUGAUAACAGUACAGACAGGGAUGCUUUGUUGUGAUAUACCACAUGGAUAUAAUUUUUAUGAAAGUAUGAUGUUUGAAGAAUACAAUCCAUCACGAUAUAAACCCAAUGUUUAUCAACCAAAAUUAUCACAGAACAGGAAAAGUGAUACAAAUCAGGAUGCUGAAAAUACAGCGGAAGAAAAAGAAGUUGAGAAUCAGGAUGUAAUCGAAAGUGGAGCAAAGUAAAAUCAUAUUUCUUUUAGAUUUAAUUUGCAAACUGACGAUAAUCUGAAAUGAAGAACACCCUCUUUCACCUUCACAUGCACUGUCUAACUAAACAUUUAACUGACUAUCAUGGACACCCGAUGGAUACCCAACAUUGAUUAUUCCAGCUGAUGACUUUAAGAAUUCAGAACUUUAGAAUUUAUUCUAUCUAAAUUCGCCUAAAAACUGAAGUGAAAAGAAACAAGAAAAAUUAAAAGUUAUUAAAAUAAGUAUUUUAUUUCAAUAAUUUUAUGUUGUUCUUCUUUUUCGGCUGCCUCUACUGCCUCUGCGGCUGUGUUGCUAUCGCUACUGAUGCUUGUUCUGUUCUGUUUUUUUUUUGAUUUGGUUUUCCUUGACCAUCCUCC